UGAUGUUCAAUUGGUUUAAGCAAGAUUAUAUUCAAAAAAAAAUGGCAUUACAGUCAUCAUAAACAUGGCAUUAAAUAACUGUUAAAUUUAAUUUUAUUGAUCCAGAAAAAAAGAAAGAUGUUAUAAAAUAUAAAGUUUUAGAGAGAAGAGAAUCAGAUAGUUCUGAGAAGGAUUGGCGUAUAUGCAAAUUAGAUUGAUUUUAAACC